GCAUCUAAAUGAGUAAUCCUCAAUUCACUGCUGACUCUAAGCUCUCUCACUCUAAUCAAAUGUCAAAUUUAAUUAGGCUUGCAGCUUUGUUGACUAAUGACGUUAAUUCCUAACAAGUUGAUUUGAUAUCCAAACUCUUGUUCCAUUGAUUCCCAUGUAUUCAGUCUUGAAUUAUCAGCUUCAUAUUCUUUUGCUACAUGUUAAACCAAUUUUAAUACCAAUGGCUUCUAAUUAACCCUAACUGUUAAUUAUCCACAUUCAAACUGUGCGCCUUAAUCGAUCCACCUAUUUGGCGUUAAACAGCUGUUUUUUCCAACUGUUAAUCAAGUUGUUGCUACUGGAUUGGUUCUUGUUUUUUUAUUUAAUCAGUGAUUCUGUCUUUGUGACAAUUUGACUCAUGAUUGCUCAGUUUUUAUGACUUAUUAAAGAUGAAUGAAUCUAAAGGAAAGGAGAAUCCAAAGAAGGAGAUAAAUUUAGCUAAAGAAGAGAAACUAAGAAAAGAACUGAUUCGACGAGCCGCUCGAGAAGAAGCUAGGAGAAAGGUUGAAAAGAUUAAAGAAGGAAAACGUAAAAUUGUUUCAAUUGUAGAGGAAAUUGUUGAUAAAAAGAUUGAUGAAGCAAGUUUAAUUGAACAUUGCAAAUUCUUGUGUAAACAAGACUAUGAAGAUGUAAAUGUGGAGAGAAGCUUGGUCAAUAUUUGUGGCUAUCCACUUUGUUUCGCAAAUCUACCUAAACCAUGUAAACAACGCUACCAUAUCUCACUAGCUGAACACAAAGUAUAUGAUCUAUCUGAAAGGAAGUUAUUCUGUUCCAAUUUAUGUUACAAGGCAUCAUGUUUCUUGAAAGAACAAUUAGACGAGGAACCAUUUUGGAUGAGAAGUAAUACUUCCGUAACUCCAGUGAGCGUUAAAAUUUAUCACGACACCAAAGGAGCUCGAGGAGCAGAGGUUCUCAUGGUUCCUCGUGUGGAAACUGACAAUGACCAUGAAAAUAAUAAAGAGAACGACCAUGAAACGUUUGCAGGAACUGGAGAAGACGAUUUGUCAGAAAAUUUACCAAAAAAGAAACAAGAAACUCGAUUAAAAAGCACAUUCGUCGCAUCUCCAUACAUUAAAGAAAAAGAUCUUACCAAAUUUGCAGAAUCAAUGAAGAAACUAACGAUCAAGGAAAGGGAAUAAAUUCGUGAAAUACAUCUGAUUGUUAUAAUUAAAAAUUUUAAAAAUUAAAAAUAUUUGCUGUAAAAA